GCUAUCGUCACCUGUUUUGUUUUUGCUAAGAUCUGGUUUCUGUUUCAUUCAUGGCCAACAUUUUGGAAAAACUUGAAUGCCUGCUGUAGCUGAAAGACUUGAAAUGAGUGUACUUCUGUGGACAGCCAAUGAAAAGACAUAAUGGGGAAGAUCAAAUAACCCAUUCUGGGUUCUGUGCUCACCUUUCCAGCUUACUUUUGCAAUAUCCCCUCUUUCCCUUGCCUCUGCAGCAAGUAUUCUUCAAAUUUAUACAGUAACUUUAUUGCAGUUAUCAACCAGCACAAGAUAAAUUUAACAUUGUCAGAUGCAACAGGAAACCACUGCAAGAGAACUUUCAAGUGCCGUACGCUUAUUUCCUCUGAUUGUUAACGGAUACAGAAGUGGUAUAUUCUUUGGGUUACACAAUUUGUUCCGCUUGUGGAUUUUGCUUGAUAACAUUACAAGGGUGCUAUUCAAAUGGAGAAGGAUACAGAGGCUGGGUGACUGUACAGACCUGCAGAACAGACAUGAUGGGAAAUAGGUAAGAAGCGAACGGGGAAGAUAGGAGUGAUUUGCUGUGUCCAGGAGCUCCAUGUAGAAAUCACCAGAGUCUGUUCCAUGACCUGCAGAAGCAGCCCCACCGAAGAACACUGUGGCUGAAAAAAAGAUAAAACUAAACAGCAAAAUGAAUGCAUCCUUCAUCUAAGCCCUCCACAGAAGACCCAGCAUCAGCACAGCAAACUUCGGAAAAGAAGAAUCUUCUGUCUUGAAGCCCAGGACUUAGCAGGUUGCAUACACUUAGCAUCCAGGAAUUCAAGGAUGAAGACUUUAUUUCUGAGCUCUAAAGAAAUAUAUUGCUGUACUGAGGUGCUUCCAACAUUUCAACAAAGCCACGCUUGUGGAAAAACAUAUUCAGAAAGGUAGAACCGUUUCACUGAUCUGUGGCCAGACGAAAACUCCAGAGAACAUUUGGAGUUCCAGGAAACAUCUGGAAUGCCAAAGAUGAACCUACUUGAGGCAGCAAAAUCAGGGUUUUUAGUGUGUAUUGUGGUUUGCAUCUUCAUCUUUGGUGUUUUCUAUCUACGGAAUACAAUCUUCAAGAAUGACAGAGAGGAAAAACUCAUCCCCAAAGAGUGUGGCUUUUAUCCAGAUGAACUUUGCUCAGCCUUCUUUGAUGGGAAAGAAGUUGCUUCUCAAAUCGGCCAGUUAUGCCAGAAGGCUCUAGGGGGAAAAGAAAUGUCCACUUGCGUACAAACACCGUGCAACUGUUCCACAUUGCAGAAGAAACUCCACUUCAUUACAAGACCACUGUCAGAAGAAGAAAGGAACUUUUCCUUGGCCUACAUCAUCACCAUUCACAAGGAACUGGACAUGUUUAUAAAACUACUCAGAGCCAUUUACGUGCCUCAGAAUGUUUACUGUAUACAUAUUGAUGAGAAAUCAUCAGAGGAUUUUAAGCAAGCUGUGCAAACCUUGGUCAACUGCUUUGAAAACAUUUUUAUUGCUUCGAAGAUAGAAAAAGUUGUCUAUGCAGGAUUUUCUAGACUGCAAGCAGAUAUCAAUUGCAUGAAGGAUUUGAUCCAUUUAAAAAAACAGUGGAAUUAUGUUAUUAAUCUAUGUGGCCAAGAUUAUCCCAUCAAAACUAACAAGGAACUUAUACAGUAUAUUAAAAGCAAAUGGAAUGGUAAAAAUAUAACUCCAGGAAUUGUUCAACCACCUCAUAUGAGACGCAGAACAAUUUUCAGUUACCAAGAAUUGGUACAUUCAGGAAAAUCAUACGUCUAUCCAACUAAUAAAGUGAAAAGUGAACCACCCCAUAAUUUGACUAUAUAUUUUGGGACUGCCUACUAUGUACUCACAAGAAAAUUUGUAGAGUUUACACUGACUGAUGCACGCGCAAAAGAUUUGCUCGAAUGGUCAAGAGACACAUACAGUCCAGAUGAGCAUUACUGGGUUACCCUGAACCAUUUACCAGAUGCUCCUGGUGCUACACUAAACACAACUUGGCAAGGAAAUAUACGAGCAAUCAAGUGGAGAAAUCAAGAAGGAAAAACCCACAAUGGCUGCAAAGGGCAUUACAUCAGAGAUAUUUGUAUCUACGGUCUUGGAGACUUAAAAUGGAUUAUUAACUCUUCUCAUUUAUUUGCCAACAAAUUUGAGUCAGCAACAUAUCCACUUGUUAUGGAUUGCCUAGAGAGGUAUUACAGAACGAAGGUACUCCAGCAAGCUGAAGUUCCUUUGGAAGCACACUGGUAUUUGGAAAAAUAGCCUGCUUUGAACAUCUGGACUUUUGCCUUUAUGGAGGGCAAAGCAGAACAAAGGACACACCACAUUUCAAAAUGUAUGUUAGAAAGAUGGAUACUGCAUCAUAAGUAUAUGGAUCUGAGGGCAUUAAAAAAGAAAAAUUCUGAAUAGCA